AUGGCCGCCCGCAACAAUAAUAAUUCGCGAGGCCCUUCGGGCAGGAAAAUUGACCCUCUUCUCCCCUACUCCAUCAUCUCUGAAAAGACCAAGAAGCCAAGACUCAGGAUCCGGUCGCUCUUGGGUCCAUGCCAUGCCCGGCGAAUUUUCACCUGGCUUCUGGGCGUCGCCUUCCUCAUCACUCUGAUUUUUGUCAAGUCAAGGAGCUCCGGCUACAGUGUCGGAAAGAUGAGCGGUACCAAAACUCAACAGCCGAUAGCGACAGCUACUGUCGUGAACACUCAGGGCGAGACUGUUGUCAUGCUUACUGGUGAUAUGGAUGGUGACGGAAAGCUCGAAACCGUACCGGAGAACGAGUACGUUACUGCUGACGAAAAGAAGGAAGUUGCUGCGCAGCUUGAGAAGAUGCCUUGGUUGAGAUUCCCUCACCUCGACGGUUAUUUUCACGGUCUCCGAACCAUCGUUAGCAAGGCCAACUUGAUUUCGGAAUACCCCAACAUUACUGACAAGGCCCCUCUACCUUCUCCGGCCAUGAAUGACCACGUGCCUAAGCCUCAAAAGUACAUCCCUUAUGAUCAUGGUAGCGAUGUCAAGACUUGCUACCUCGACGCCAAGAAGACCGUCCCCGCCCCGGAUCUGUAUGCUUUCAACGGUGUUCCUCAGCAUAUGCCUGAUCCCGCAAUUGGCUCCUACAAGCUCCUCGGCAUUCGGGACGAUGUUUGCUUCGACCGCUUCAGUCGAUAUGGCCCUUACGGCCUGGGCUAUAGCAGAGCUCAAGGUGGUCUGGAUACCGGUCUGGAUACUGAGGCGUCUGGAAAUGAGGCAGUUUGGGCGGAAACUGGCAAAAUCAACUACAUCGACGUGAACUGGGCCGAUGCUCAGGAAGAUUGCUACAAAGCCAACAAGCAUCGUUUCAAGCAGGUCAACGCCGACACCGGCGAGCUCUCGGAGACCAGCAACAAGAAAGGACGCAUUGCCGUCGUUGUCCGUACAUACACUGGCUUCAAGUGGACUGAGCUUGCUGUCCUCAACUUCCGUGCUCUCAUCAGCGAGCUUUCGCUACGAUCGGGUGGCGAAUAUCAAGUUCAUUUUCUGAUGCAGGUACGAAACAUCGAUGAGCCCAUCUGGUCAGAUAAGUGGACGGUGCAGCGCAUCAUCAACGACAACGUUCCCGCCGAGUUUCGAGGUCUGGUUUCGCUUUGGAGCGAGCCUCAAAUGAGACUCAUGUACCCCGGCCGAUUUGGAGAGACGAUCGAGAACCCCAGUGGUGCCGAUAUUCACGGUAUCUACCGAAGCGCCCAUUUCCCACUCCAGGUUUUCGCCAUGCAGCACCCCGAAUAUGAGCAUUACUGGAACUGGGAGAUGGAUAUGAGAUACCUCGGCAGUUACUACGAGUUCUUCGACCGCCUUGGCAAGUGGGCUAAGGAGCAGCCUCGAACCCUUCUUUGGGAACGUAGCGCUCGUUACUACAUCCCUCCUUACCACGGAACCUGGGAGAAUUUUUCUCAAACUGUUCAACAUGACACGCUGGCCUCUGGUCGCGCUCCCAUCUUUGGCCCUCUGUCCUUCGAAGGCAAGGAACAACUACGACAUGAUGAAUGGGGUCAAUCCAUGAUGCCUGCUUCUUGUAGUUCUGAUGCUCCUGAUCGUUCCAAGUGCGGUGUCGGUGAGGAAGCUGACAUCAUCACUCUCAACCCUCUGUUCGAUACCGAGCAAUCCGGUUGGGUUUUCUCCGAUGAUGCUACCGGCUACAAGGCUCCUCCUCCUCGACGAUGCGCUAUCAUCACCGCGUCUCGUCUCAGUCGUCGUCUUUUGAUGUCGAUGCAUGAGGAAGUCUGGCGAUACCACCACACCAUGUUUUCGGAGAUGUUCCCGCCUACUGUUGCGUUUCACCAUGGUAUGAAGGGAGUGUAUGCCCCGCAUCCUAUCUUCCUCGACCGGGCCUGGUAUCCUUUCAGUGAAAUUGACGCUGCUUUCAACGCUGGUCGUGAUCACUCAACAUCUGGCCCUGGCAGUCCCUUUGACCAGCUCAAUGAACACAACCAUAAGGGCACCAGUUGGUAUUUUAACAGCGAAUUUGCCGGUCUUUUGUGGCGCAGGUGGUUGGGCUAUGCUCAGCUUGAUGGUCGUGGCAAGCACGGCGGUCGUGCUAACGAAGGACAUGAGCGAGGUGGUAAGACAGAGGAGAUGAAGGACAGCAGCAGCGGCCGGUUAUGUCUGCGUGGUAUGCUGGUGCACCCCAUCAAGUUUGAGCAUCCUUCAGAGAAGCCUUAA